AUGUCACCUCAAAGGGCUCUGUUGGGCCGAGUCAGACUCAGUCUCUCUAAUACUCUCUCCCAUCCAGGUAUCAUACUAUUCUUCAUCCUUCAUUUGACCAUGUGCGCAACUUUGACCGGUCUUUCAGCUUUCUCCGCACAAUCAGCUCAAGAAACCUCUCAUCUACUCCGACAUAUCGUCCAAGAAGCAAAUCUCACCAACCUGGUCUUUCGUAAUCCGUCGUCAGGAAAAGUGGGCGAUUGGAAAACAGCACCGGCUGUUGUAGUGAUGUUGGCCAAUGACACGGAUGGGAGUAAAUAUGAUGCUUAUGGUGGUAUGGAAGUUUGUGACGAGAAUGGUCAUCAUUGUCAUCUACUGGGAGGUCAAAAAGUACACCAUCAGAAUACUUCGGCAUCGUUACAAUCUACCACUUCGACGGGGCGGACCCAUAACGGUAACAGCCAUACAACGACGAGUGAGAAAACAGGAGUAACCACUACAACGGUGAUUGUUAUAGCUACGCCAGUUGUAGAGGCUGGGAUCUCGAAGGAAAGUCCGACUGGGACCGGCUCCUUGACGUCGCCGACGUCCUUAUUUACCAGCCCAGUCUCAGCCCAGAUCGGGACGCCAGCGGAGGUAGAGGCAGGUGUUGCAGUGCCUUCCACCGAAAAUGGAAUCUUCCCGGGAAGUGUGAAUAACGUCGAAGAAGAUGACGAUAAUGACGAAGACGACGACGACGACGAAGAAGAAGAAGAAGACGAAGAUGAAGAUGAUCAGGAUAACGAUGAUGUUAAGCUCCAGCAGCUUCAUCAUCUACAUGACCGAGAUCGUAGAUUGGAAGACAAUCAAUUGACCGACAAGAACGACGAACAUCCGACCCGACGAGACUCUGCAUCCCAAAGAUCACUACUUCAUCUUCUAUCUCAGAACGGUUCUAAAGAUGCCGGUGCAGCGUUCUCAGAGCGGCUCCGAUCUUCCAUUGAACGACUUUCGCAUAAGAGUUUGUUCAUUCGAGAUGGGAAUAAACCUCUAGUCCAAAACGCUAUCACACUGACCUCCAUCAAAGACCCUUCAGGAACUGUGUUAGGCGUCAAUGUGAGCGGAUUAAAUUCGGGGGAUCAAGUCAUAACUGAACAAUGUGCCGCUUCCAUGGGCUGGCCAGUCAAUUCUCUGGACAACACAGUACGAACCGACAUAACCUUAUCAGGAUUUUUCCUCUGGAUCCUUGGUCUAGCUAUAGUAGCACUAGUGACUGAAUCCACCUCACAUCUCAUCGCUUUACUCAUCUCUUUGACUCUUUCAACUACGUGGACAGCUGUCAACCUCUCCUUAUCUCUCUCAUUCCGCUCUUCUUUUCAAGAAACCAUGACUCAGAGUUGUGAGGGUUUGAACGUCAUUCCUAGUUAUGUCACGAGUAGGAUAUCAGUUUCAAUCGCUAUGUUAGUCAUCAACUCAGUGACUUUGGUCGGAAGUGCGAUUUUGUGUUGGAAAUUGAGGGAUCAUUUUGGUUGGCAGACUUUUCAAAGGAUAGGAGCUAGCGAGAAGAUUAAUAAGAUUUAUCGUUUAGUCAUGGUGUUGAGCAUUGUUUUGCAAUUGGACGUUUAUCUACUGGUUGUGUUUUUCGCUUUAUGGAUAGAUCAGAUGACUAAAGGGGUGGCGCAUUAUUACAUGCAUUCGGGAACUUGUAAAACAUUUGAAGGGAUAUACGCUUUAAUGCUUUUCUCCCUGAUUCCAUGGACCUACCUCGGAUGGAAAUCAUCAAGAACGGAAUCACGUCGACAAUUCCUUGCUUUCCUCGCUUUUUCAGCAUUAUUCAUCGCAGGAUGGUCUGCAUCAUUCGCCAACUCGGCAUUUAGGUUGAUGAUCACCACCUGGGCCUUCUUCGGUGCUCUUUCAGCUCUCGGAGUAGCUCUGACCAUCUUAUCUGUCGUUUUGGCAUGUUGGAGACGAACAUCUUAUGGUCAUGGUCUAGCAGAAUACUUAAAACAUCAAGAAAUACCUGAUGAUCCUUUUCCAACGAUGGGGGCAGAUCAGGAGGUCUAUUUGAACAAAGGGAGUUUACCUACUUUCAGUACUACUUUCCCGGACAAAGUACCUCCCGCAGACGUUGCUGAGGAUGAGGAUGGGGAGUAUGGACUUACAACCACAGAGAAGGGUCUUACAAGUACACCCCAAUCCGCCUGCUGCUCUCCGAGCGUGGUCUUGGAUUAG